AUGGAGGCUGCACGUGGCUUUGUUUUGUCGGGAGACAUGCGUGAAGCAAGAGACAAAUACUUUUCUUGGGCUCUACUGUGUUAUUGUGAAGGCCUUUGCCCCGAGUACGAGAGAUUCAAUGGCACCUGCGAAGCUAAGCCAAAGGCCUUCUGCUUCAGUUCUGUUGAAAUUGUGUUUGACGUGGACUCACAACAAUGGAAGGAGGAGCGCAGUUUUGGCUGCCUUGGGCCAGAGGAGGCAGGUCUCAUGCAGUGUAGGGCAUACUUGACAACUCAUCAAAGACCGAAAAACAUUUCUUGCUGUAAUGAUUUCGACAUGUGCAAUGAAGCUUUACGGCCACAAAUCACUGCAAGGAUACCCACAGAAGCUCCAGCUAAGAAAAUUCCUGCACUAUUAAUAACUUUGCCAGUAGCAAUUGUUGCAGUUUUGGCAUUUCUUAUGACGUUUUGGUACAAAUACCGACAGCGAGAAGCAAGUCAAUUGCAGGAGCUGAAGAAAGCCGCACACCAGUGUUCAACCUUCUGUGGGUCACCGAAUGAAACUCUCAGUGAACUCAUUGAGCAGUCAUCUGGCUCUGGGUCUGGCCUCCCUCUUCUGGUUCAACGUACAAUCGCCAAGCAGAUUCACUUAGUCCAGAGUGUUGGCAAAGGUCGGUAUGGUGAGGUGUGGCUUGGCCGUUGGAGAGGCGAAAGGGUAGCUGUCAAGAUCUUCUUUACAACUGAUGAAGCCUCUUGGUUCAGAGAAACUGAAAUUUAUCAGACUGUACUUCUACGACAUGAAAAUAUUUUAGGUUUCAUUGCUGCGGACAUUAAAGGCACAGGCUCUUGGACACAGAUGUUGCUAAUCACAGACUACCAUCCUCUUGGCUCUCUUCACGACUACUUGCAAAUAACAACAUUGAAUUACUACUCCAUGUUACGGCUUAGUCUCUCCACUGCUUGUGGAAUUUCUCAUCUGCAUACAGAGAUCUUUGGCACCAAGGGAAAACCAGCCAUUGCUCACCGUGAUAUAAAGAGUAAAAAUAUCCUUGUUAAAAAGAAUGGAGAAUGCUGUAUCGCUGACUUUGGUCUUGCAGUCAAAUAUGUCAGUGAAAGCAAUGACCUAGACCUAGGCACAAAUCCAAAAGUGGGGACCAGACGAUACAUGGCGCCAGAAGUCCUUAACGAAACCAUAAACUUGAGCUGUUUUGAGUCCUUCAAGAUGGCUGAUAUGUAUUCCUUUGGACUUGUCAUAUGGGAAAUAGUCAGAAGAUGUGCCAGUGAGAGUGGGGAGAAGUUACUCAUGGCCGAUGAAUAUCAGCUGCCUUACUACGACUGUGUGCCACCUGACCCAUCUUUUGAGGAUAUGAAGGAAGCGGUUUGCACAAAAGGAAUUCGGCCAGACAUACCACUCCGGUGGCAGUACAAUGAAAUUCUGAAGACGAUGGGAAAAGUAAUUCAAGAAUGCUGUCAUGCCAAUCCUGCUGCUCGCCUCACUGCUCUGAGAGUGAAGAAGACCCUGUAUAAGCUACAUGUUCCUGAUGGUACUGCUAAGAUUGUAUAGAGGUUUAAAAGAUAGAAGAAACUGAAGGAACCAGCAGGUGACUCUGGCCCAUAUCAAGAGAGGAAGACUAUGGACCUUGGUUGCUUUUCGGAAAGAAGAAGAAAAAUGUAAUUUUUUAAGAUUUGAAUAUUUAGAAUUGCAGAUUUAUGUAUAGUAAUUUUUUAGUAGCUUUUGAGAGACCAAAGGAAGCAUGGUAGUGAGAGUUAUUAAAAAAUAGUGGGUUUGUGAAGAUGUCUCAUUCUGGCUCCACAUGAUUGAAGAAACAAGUGCCUGGAGUGUUGUGUGAAUGCAGUAGAGUGAAUGUGAUGUAGUAUAUCCAUCAAGUAGUGUAUUAUUAGCCUUUAUAUAGUCUUGCUAUAGAGCACCAUGGAACUUGUCACUCAAACCCCCCUUUGGAAGUGAGAGAUAGAUAGGUGGACAUGAAAGGACAGUAUUGCUAGAAUCUUAUACAUACUGCAAGAGUAUCAGCAGUUUUUUAUAAAUCUUUUUUUAUAUGCUUCUGAUCUUCAGGAAAUUAUAAUGAACUUCAUUGUAUCCAUGUCUGCCAAACAGAUGAGAAAUUGCCACCUCUUGUUGGUAUUUGUUUUAUGCACCUGUGUGAUAGUGAAGUAUAUUUUUUCUAUGUUCAACAAAUAUCCAAAUGGCCGAUGUCAUUUUCAUAGCCAUGCUUGCGUUCAUGUAGGUUUUGGGGAAAUUGUGGUUCAAUGUUGUCUUCCUUUACAAUCUGUGAACCAUUCUAGAUUUUAGCUAAUGGCAUAAUUUUUAUUGUACAUAAUCAAAAAAUGCCAUAUAAAUUUAUUGGAAGUCUUAUAUUAUUAGAUCACAUGUCACUGUGCAAUUUUAUUAUUCAUUUGAUAUAUAGUAGCCCAAGAAUAUUCAGUUAAGUUGUACAGUAAAUGUUGAUUAUAAGUACAUGAUCAAAAUUUUUAAAAUCAAAUUUACUAUACAAAUGAAAAACCAGCAAAGGUGUUUGUGUGAGAAAAUGUAUUUGAGAACUUUUUCUACUUUUUGAAUUUACUUAGUUAUUCAUGUAUGUGUACAUUUAUGUGGUGAUCAAUUCAGUUGUCUUUAAAUGGAACCGAGGUUGACAGUAUACGUAAUGCACAUGACUUUUCAGAACAAAUGUUGCAUUUCAUAGUGCACAAGAAUGAAUAUAGGACUUGGAAAUGAUGGUUCAAAAGCAAUACUGUCCCGAAUGUGUUGAAGCUACAAAGUUGAAAGAACAGAAAAUAACGGCAUUUCUCUUUUGGGAAAAGAUGGUUGCCUGAUGUGCUGUACAGCUCUAGAAGAUGAUGUGCCUUUUGAAUGUUAUGUGACACAAAUUAGUUCUUAAGUGAACGUGCCAUUGAUUUGAGUUUCCUCAUAUCUUGCAAUCAGGCAGAUUGAAAAGGUCUUCACUGCCCUCCUCAUUCUUCAUAAUGUAAGGACAAUAUAUUGAGACAAAAGGUGCUGAUUUGUUAAAAAUGUGAUGUGACAAAAUGUGAACGACUUUGGAAACCAAUGCGCUGGAAAGCAAAUUAGCAUCUGCAACGACUGAAAAAUGGGCAGGGCAUCAAGAUCAUCUGUUAAAAGUAAAAAUGAGGAUAUAUUGAGUGAUUCAUAAUGGUAUUCAACUUCAUUAUGUAAAGUGUAUAGAUAUUAAAAUUUUUACAUAUUGUCUAAUAU